AUGAUUUUCCGCGUCGUCGCUGUCUUCCUUCUUAUCUCGUUCGUCUUAACUGCCCCGGUACCGGCGAAUCAGAACGACGAAUUCUUGGGUCUUGCGUGGGAAGCCGCUGCUACGAGCAUUAAUGUGGGAAAUCCAGGAAAAUUCUGGGUUCCUAUCGAGAUUGUUAGAGGAUUCAAGUCAGGAGCUGUCACUACUCUCACAGUGAUUCUUCAAGAAUCAUGGUGCAGUCCACAGGAAGGAAAUGAUCUCGAUGAUGUUUGCGAGUCGAUGUGCCCGGUUUACUAUGGAGGAGCUAAAGCGACUUACGAAGUUAUUGCUACUGAGAAUAACGGCGGAAGUGACUUCAGAACUAGAAGAAUUGCAUAA